UUCCGCAUGCAAACUUGAUCCAUCCAUCUCCACCUCUUUGACAAUUUCGAACCGCCAUUUCCCCUUCCCCUUUCUCUCCUUUUAAACCCCCCACUUCACAUACACUUACACUUCAUUCCCAUGCAUCUAUCUAUCCAUCUAUAUGCCCAUAAUUUUCACCAAGUUCUUGAAAUACAAAGCAACUUACACCACAAAGAAAGCAGUUUCUUGGUUCUUUAAAGGAGGAACAACAAAACAAUGGCGUCUCAGCAGAUAUCUCGCAAAGAAAACACGGCACAGGAACAAGAAGGGGACUCUAAUAAGAUGAAAACACAAACACAAACACACCAUGUUGUUACAACCGAGAAGUUGCAACAGGGUGCUGACAAAGUUAGAGAUUCUUCUUCUUCCCAAGCUCAACAACAACAUAAGAAUUAUUCAACUCAGGAGAAUAAACAAAAAAGAGCAGAACAAGCAUUAAGUGACAUUAACAAAAAAGCAUAUCAACAUAAACAAAAGGAACAGCAUAAUUCCAGAGCUCGGGCUCAACAAGAAGCAGCAAAGGACAUAAACAAAAAAGAAGAAGAAAAGAAACACAAAGAACAAUCAAAUCUUGGAGGCAUUUCUAGGUCUCAACACGAGAGUAGCGGCGAAACUCGGAGAGAAAAGAAUGAUGAACAGCCAAGCUUGGAAGAGAUUUCGAAGUACAGAAGUCAAGCUCAACAGAAUUCAAUGGAUGCAAUUUCCGCAGCUCAAGAGAGGUACCAGAAAGAAAAACAAGCAGCCGAAGGCACCGGAACCGGCACUAGUCAAAUCCCUCAAGAUAAAACCGCUAUAGAGAAGGGAAAAGAAGGCUAUGUCGCGGCGAAGGACACCGUCUCGAAAGUAGCGAAGGGAACGAAGGAAUAUACAGCACCUGUGGCUGAGAAGGCGAAGGAAUACACCGUACAAGCAGCGGAGAAAGCGAAAGAGGCGACGGUGGAAGGCGGGUAUGCUGGGCAGAAGGCUUCUGAGCUGGCCGCGAAGUCGGUGGGGACCGUUAAAGGGUUGGCUGCUGCUGCUGGUGAUAGUGCCAAGGAGUAUACAGCAAGGAAGAUGGAUGAGAAAGAGACGGAACUGGAGGCCAAGAAAGCAGCUCAGAGACUGGAGAUUGAUAAGAAGAAAUCAACGGAAGUUGUUGAAAGAGGAGGAGGACAAGAACAGGAAGGUGGAGUGAGAAGAGGAUCUGAAGAGAGAACGUUUCAGGGAGAUCAAGGUGAACAACUUGGCGGGGUUGCUAAAACUCAAGGUCAAGUUACUCAAGCAAUUCAAAAGGGAACAAAAGGAACUGUGGGCAAUGUUAACAACCAAAGGGAACAGCAACCAUAUCAAAACGUUGGUGAAACAUUGGGUGAUGGUGGUGAAAGGGUGAAGCCAUUGGAUAAUGUGAAUGAAGGAGGAAGCCAGGUGCUGGGAGCAGUAGGUGAGACUGUGGCUGAGAUUGGAGAAACCAUGAUUAAACCUGCAAUGAAGGCGCAGAGUCAGGGUCGUGGUGGUGGUGGUGGUGGGGUUCUGAAUGCCAUAGGUGAAACCAUAGCAGAAAUAGCAGAGACAACCCAAGUGUAUGUUGUUGGAGAGGGUGAAGCAGAGCAAAGGCAGAACAUUGUGUGAAGCAGUUUCGAUUGUGUGCUAGUUGAAAGUUUCAUCUGUUUUUACGGUUAUGGUGAUGUAGAUAAAUAAGUAAGCAACAGUUUUUUAUAAUUCGGUUCUGAGAAUAAAUAGCAUGUACGUUUUAUGGGUUUGUAAAUAAAUGAAUGAAUGAAUAAUUAUAUGAGAACUACCGUUUUCAU